AUGGCUCACCAUCGUGUGUUCCGACGAACUCAAGAACAGUGCAAAGCUUUUGUCAGCGGUAUGCAGUCAAUUCUUCAACCUUCAUGGCUCUCUCUUUUUGCUCCAAACGACUUGCAAUGUUUGAUCAGUGGAGUGAACUCUGACAUUGAUCUGUCUGAUCUAAAGCGAAAUGUGCAGUAUUUCGGUGGAUUCCACGGAAAUCAUAGAUUAAUCAAAUGGCUUUGGGACAUUCUCGAAAACAAAUUCACCUCCGAAGAAAGAAAACUUUUUUUGAAGUUUGUCACAUCUUGCUCUAGGCCGCCCGUUCUUGGUUUUUCUUAUCUUGAGCCACCUUUUUCGAUUCGAUGCGUUGAAGUCUCCGAUGAUCAGGAUCAAGGAGAUACACUCGGCAGCGUUGUGCGCGGGUUUCUUGCAUUGCGGAAGGGAACUGCUGCAUCUCGACUACCCACUGCUUCCACUUGUUUUAAUUUACUAAAAUUGCCGAAUUACAACAAAAAGUCCCUUUUACUCGAAAAGCUUCGUUAUGCGAUUCACGCAGGAACCGGGUUCGAGUUGUCCUAA